CUUGCCUAACGCACCGCAUCUCUCCUGCUGUGGCAACAGGCUGAGAUCGGCUCCACUCCCUCCCCUCUGGGCCGGGGACGCUCAAGGAUUAGGGAAGGGAGGGAGAUCCAUCAGGCAGAGGCAGGAGGCGGAGGCGGGCCGUCAGCCUUCCUCCGCUCCGCCUGAGCCGGCACCGCCGUAGGGCGAGCUCCGCUGCGGGCGCAGGAAGGGGCCGAGCUGCCGCAGGUCCCUGGGGCGCCAGAGCCUCCCAGCAGCCCGGAUCCCCGGCUCCGCACCUGCCCGCGCCGCUCGGGGCUGGCGGGGCUCGGCGGCGGGAGAAGCCGCCGCUGCCGUCACCCUCCCUGGCCGCGCUGGGUCUCCCGGAAUGGGCCUCCAGGAGCUGGCGCUGUGGCUGCUCGCCGCGGCGGGGCUUGUGCGCGAGUCCCUGCAAGGAGAGUUCCAAAGGAAGCUUUAUAAAGAACUGCUGAAAAAUUACAACCCUCUGGAGCGACCAGUUGCAAAUGAUUCCCAGCCGCUCACCGUCUAUUUCACUCUCAGCCUCAUGCAGAUCAUGGAUGUGGAUGAAAAAAAUCAAGUAUUAACAACAAAUAUCUGGCUACAAAUGUACUGGACAGAUCAUUAUCUACAGUGGAAUGUGUCGGAAUACCCGGGAGUUAAGAAUGUCCGUUUUCCUGAUGGCCUGAUUUGGAAGCCAGAUAUUCUGCUCUACAACAGUGCUGAUGAAAGAUUUGAUGCGACAUUUCACACAAAUGUUUUAGUCAAUUCCUCAGGACAUUGCCAAUAUCUGCCACCAGGCAUAUUUAAAAGCUCAUGCUACAUAGAUGUGCGCUGGUUUCCCUUUGAUGUUCAGAAGUGUAACCUGAAGUUUGGAUCCUGGACUUAUGGAGGCUGGUCCUUGGACUUACAAAUGCAAGAAGCAGAUAUAUCUGGCUAUAUUUCAAAUGGAGAGUGGGAUUUAGUAGGAGUUCCUGGGAAGAGAACAGAGAGCUUCUAUGAAUGUUGCAAAGAACCCUACCCAGAUGUAACAUUCACUGUAACUAUGAGACGUAGGACCCUCUAUUACGGACUCAAUCUUCUUAUUCCUUGUGUACUGAUAUCAGCACUUGCUUUGUUAGUUUUUCUGCUUCCAGCAGACUCAGGAGAAAAGAUAUCACUUGGUAUAACAGUUUUAUUGUCUCUCACUGUCUUCAUGUUACUUGUGGCUGAAAUUAUGCCAGCAACAUCUGAUUCUGUGCCCUUAAUUGCUCAGUAUUUUGCCAGCACUAUGAUUAUUGUUGGUCUGUCUGUUGUUGUCACCGUUAUUGUUCUACAAUACCAUCAUCAUGAUCCAGAUGGGGGGAAAAUGCCUAAAUGGACAAGAGUCAUCCUUCUCAACUGGUGUGCUUGGUUUCUGAGGAUGAAAAGACCAGGGGAAGAUAAAGUGCGUCCUGCCUGUCAACAUAAACAGCGUCGAUGUAGCCUGUCAAGUGUGGAGAUGAACACUGUGAGCGGACAGCAGUCCAGUAAUGGGAACAUGCUGUACAUUGGGUUUAGGGGGCUGGAAGGGGUUCACUGCACACCCACCACUGAUUCAGGGGUGAUCUGUGGGAGGAUGACCUGCUCACCAACAGAUGAAGAAAAUCUGCUGCACAGUGGACACCCCUCUGAAGGUGACCCAGAUUUGGCUAAGAUCUUGGAAGAGGUCAGGUACAUUGCAAACCGAUUCAGAGACCAAGAUGAAGAUGAAGCCAUCUGCAAUGAAUGGAAGUUUGCAGCCUCUGUAGUGGAUCGGCUCUGCUUGAUGGCUUUUUCAGUCUUCACAAUCAUUUGUACAAUUGGUAUUUUAAUGUCAGCACCAAACUUUGUAGAAGCUGUCUCUAAAGAUUUUGCUUAACUCCUAACUACAAUCUGAUUCUCUGAAGUAUGAUAUGUAGCAAAUAAGAGUGUUUUUUGUUUGAUGGCUUGUUUUUAUUGAGUCUACUGCUUCUCAUGUCUGCUUUCUUUUGACCCACUGUCUGCUCCCGAGUUCCUUUAGGAAGAGUGGCACCAUUUCAGAAGGGAAGCCAAGGAUCUGCUUGGGCUACCUGUGUGUGGCUUCUCUGAGCACUCUUUUGAGAGAGAUGCAAAGUGGCUGCAGGUCCCUUUAGAAUGACAGGUUAUUGCACCACCAUCUCUUACACAUUUUUUAACUGGCUAUUACAAAAUAGCAGAUGGGCAAUGCCAGAAAUGUCACUUCUUCUAAACUUUGUUAUAAAAGAUAGAAGGUGGUCCAUCUUAACUCACUGAGUGAUCAUAAACAUGUUUAGGAGAGAAUCAAAUCCAAAAACAUACAAGUUCAAACAGCAGACAGAACAGGGAGAAACAGUUCCUUUUUCAGUUACUGCUUCUUACCGAGUUGUAGCACAUAGCUUUCCAGCUCACUCAAUCCAUCAGACCCACAAUUCCCUCCAUGCACUUUACAUAGAGCAUAUGUGACUUCACAGGAUUCUGAAUUUGUCUUAAAUUCAGAAAGCUAAUACACCAUAUAAUUUAUUCUUCUAUAGCUUUCUGGAUUUGACUUGAAUGUGGCCUGAACUCUAAAACAGGCUUCACAGUAAUUUUUGCAGUGUUUAUUACUUUUUCCUUCUCCCCAGAGAGACAUUCCUUCAUUGAUCUUUUUAAUUAUCAAAGAUUUAUGAUGCCUUUAUCCUCACUUCUUUAAAAAUCAAAACCAACACAUACUUGUCUAUUUACUGUUAACCAGACUCCAGUAUGGAAAAAGUAACCAGGUGUCUUGUACAGGGUUAAGCAUAAAUGAAGAAUCUAAAGCAAAAAGAAGCCACUAAGUGCUGAGAUCAAGGUUUUAAUAUAAAAACGUAAUGUUUGAUCUGUGGUAUGUAUGGCCUUUUACAGACCAUCUUCUGUUAAGUCACAAUAAUGUCUUUACAAUAAAACUGCAUCUGUUCUGCUCAGUUUAUCAUCCAGAGAGCACUAAUGAAUAAUAAAGCUUUCUUGGGUCUGAUAUAAACUAUGAACUGUACAGAUAUGUCUUCAUAUACACACUGCAUAUACGUCCAAGGAAAGGUUAAGACUUAAAUACAAAUUCUCUGAAGUCUAGACAGACAUUUGCAAAGGUAAAUCUAAUAGUUCAUCGCUUUGGUAGUUUCUAAUUCUGAAAUCCAUUCUCCUGUCAAAAACUGCUUAGCUUUCAUGUGACUUUGAUGUCUUAGUGAAAAGGCCUGAGCUGAGAAUACCAGGACCCAAAACUUCAUGUGUACAAAACAGCUGAGGAUUUGUCUCUUGCUGGCACACCAGUAUUCCUGACCAGUGAUAUACACGGUAAAAGAUGUGAGGGAGGAUUACUUUAGCAAUGACUGCUUGCUUUAUCCUACAGAAUCUCGACUUUUUGGCUGAGACCUUCAGAGACACAAAUGGAGGCCUCUUGUUCUACCACAUUUUUAUUGUGAAAUAAACUCAAGGCCUCGGUUUACCUCUUAAGGUGGAUUAAAAUAAAGAGACUAAAAUGUUUAUUCUCCCUUGGUAACGGUUUCCUUUUCAGAGUCAGCUCCCCUGAAAGCAGGAGAACCAAAUUUCUUGUAGCCCAGAGUCACCAAAGGUGCAGUCCAUCACCUGAGCGAACAUCUGGUUUAAGCACCAUCAUGCCAGAGAAAAUGGCAGGAAGUGUAAAAGGAAGACAGGAUAUUUUUCAAAGUUUUUGCAUUCUGUCUUCCUGAAGGUUCAUGCAGAAUCUCACACCACAAAGACAUAAGCAAAGCAUUCAAAUCCUUCCUGAAAGCUCAUCUUGAAACUGUGUCUCAGUUUUAUCUGUGAAAAACUUGUAUUUUCAGGAACAAUUAUUAAAAAUUGGCCAUGCAGUAAUUCCUUCAGGUAGUUUCUAGGUUGUAGAUUGCAUAUGAAUAGGAAGCUAUGAGUCCAAAAUAUUAAAUGUGCAUUUUGUUCAUUUGUGAAUAACUACACAUAUCAUGUGAUAUGUGCUGCUCUUCUGUGUUUCUAGACUAGGCUUCCUGAUGUGAAUGUUGAUUUGCUUUGGUAUUUUUUCUUUCUGCAAGUAUCCCUAAGUACCUACAUCAAGUGUUCCAUUUACUCUUUGUAAAAUUUUUGAGAUCCUCUCGGAGAAGAUUUUUUCAGGAAGAAAUGAAGACUUUUGGGGACUAUCUUGUAGAAUGGGACACAACUAUUGAAAUCAUAAUACAAGAUGCAUGCAAUAUAGGAAGCAUGAGUACCCAUCUUUCCACCAGAAUCCAUUUUCCGUAGAAUUAUGUGUAUAUGUUAUCAGUAGAAAUCAUCUUUGCUAAAUACAGGAGUUCUUUACAGAAGGAGAAAGCAAUUUACAAUUUGACAGUAAACUUCAUUAUCAAUGAGAGACAUGCCUAUGCUUGAAAACUGGAGACUAAUAUUUGGCCUUUAGUGACAUCCUGCCAAAAUCUAUAACACUGUCAAAGUUUGUCAUACUGUUAGCAAAUACCAGGUGAUAGACAAGGCAGCUGUAAGACACCAGCAUCAUGCCCACACUACUGCCUUUAUCCUUGGUAGGGUUAAGGAAAAUGCACCAAAAGGACAAGCAAAUUCUAAUUUUCCUACUGUUAACACAACCUGUAAACAUUUGGUAAUAAGAUUAUUAUAAAUUUUAAAUACAACAGUGACAACUUCUCAGUUAUGUUCUUUUAUAUCUGUGAGCUGAAUUUCUCUAUAACCGAGCUGAGCAAAAUUCGUAUGCUUCUUGUCAUCUUGUGUGUGUCUUAAAUAUAUUUGUGUAUGUGCUAAAUGAUAUUUUGAUCUAAAUGCUGGGAAUAAAAUAUUUAUUUACAA